UUUUAUAUUAUCCACUUCCUCUUUCCCUCUUCGAUCGUCCUCUUUCUUCCUCGCCAUUCUCUCACCGUAAUCCCUCUCUUCGGUUUGCUUUCUUGGUCUGCCUUCCUCGUUCGAAGAUGGGGCAGCAGUUCGGCGACACGACGCUCACCAAGGUGUUCGUCGGCGGGCUCGCGUGGGAGAUGCAGAAGGAGGCGCUUCGCGAGCACUUCGAGAAGUACGGGGAGAUCCUCGAAGCCGUCGUCAUUUCGGACAAGAUCUCCGGCCGAUCCAAGGGCUACGGCUUCGUGACGUUCAAGGAAGCAGAGGCGGCGAAGAGGGCGUGCGAGGACGCGGCGCCGGUGAUCGACGGCCGCCGAGCGAAUUGCAACCUGGCUUCGCUGGGAGCCAAGCGCGGAGGCGUCGGGAUCCGACACUCUCCUCCCUCCGCUCCAGCACCGUUCACUUCGCGUGGGGGCCAGCAGCCACCGCCUGGUACGGAGCCUUGGACGCAUUUCCCUUCCUCUGGUUUUGAGUACGUGGAAGUUGCUGAUUUGGUGACAAAAAUGCGAUCUUUGUUUGUUUACCGGAAAGGCAUGGCGGUGGGAUCGAGAGUCGCGUCGCCAGCGCCGCCGGCUGCGCAGUGGUACUACCCGAACCCCGCGAGAACUCCGCCUCCGCCAUUCCAGUUGCACCAGUACCCCCACGGCCUCAUCCCCUUCUACUCCGCCGACGCGUACUCGACGAAUUACACGAACUUCCCUAACAAUUCGAAGCUGAGCCCGAGUGGUGGGGGAGGAGGAUUCUACCAGGGGCAGUUCGCUUACCCAGCAGCAGCUGCUAAUGGAAUGCUGCCAAUGUACCCUUUAUUCCACUGGCAUCCUCACCAAUCUCAGGGCAUGGCACUUCCUACAGCUCACUUCUUCCCUACCUCACCAACUGCUGCCAUCCCCACCAUCAUCUCCACCAAGCCUACUGCAAUUCCUCCUCCUGUGUCUGUUUGUGUCGCAGUGGAACAAGUCAAAGGAGCCAACUGAUUGCAUGGUUGGUUGAGGAAUGGCCCAAGACAGUCUGAAAAGAUGAAGAUGCAAACUCGUUAAUUGAUUAUUCUAUUAGAAUUUGGGGAUUCUUUGGUGACUCUCUAACCUGCAUCGCAUAGAUGCACAAUCUGUAACAAGGCAAUUUUUGUUUGUUUACCUACUUAUUCUUUGUGGUAAACCUUUUUAUCAGCGACUGUCUUUUAUAGCUA